CCCCAGCUGCCCCGUGUGUAUGAACCCGUGGACCGCCGAGGGCGAGCAUCGCGUAAGCUGCAUUCCUUGCGGGCAUGUCUAUGGCAGGUCUUGUUUAGAGAAAUGGUUAUUACAGUGUGGGAAGAAAACUGCCACGUGUCCUCAGUGUGGCAAGAUAUACAGGCAAAAGAACAUUAUCAACCUCUAUGCACCAGAGAUUGUUGUUGCAAAUGACGAUCUUGAAAAGCAAGUAUUGUCAUUGAGACAGAAAAAUGAUACUCUUGAGAAUCAACAACAAAAAAUGAUUGAGGAGAUAAAAGAGUAUAAGAAUGAGUAUUUCCUGGAUGGAGCUCGAGUCAUGGGCAUUGAUGCAUCCAGCCAGAUCAUAUUAGCUUCUGGCAGAGCUGCUGGAGUUAGUAUUGAACAUGUCCUUACAAAGAUCAGCAUGUUCUCUGGACACCAAACAAAAGUGCAGCUUCCUCCCAAUACGAAAGCUCUCAAGGACAUCUGUAUAAUUCCUGGGGGGCUUGCUGUUUUUGCAUCUCUUGGCAAGAAAUUGUCACUUUUAAGCAUGACAACCAAUAAUAUCGUCCAUCAAUAUGAUCUACCGGCUCCUGGCUGGUCCUGUUCAGGGCUUCAAAACGGUCCAAAUCACAUAUAUGCUGGAUUACAGAAUGGCAUGCUUUUGGUCUUUGAUACCCGCCAAACUAAAGCAGCACUGCAUUCCUUAACGGGUCUAUCUACACACCCAGUUCAUACAAUCCACUCUGUGGUAGAUUCCAGUGGUUCCACGAAGGUCAUCUCUGCUUCUUCCAUAGGACCUUGUAUUUGGGAUGUAGAUGGCAGCGACAAUAGGCCAAGUUUGCUUACCGGGACGGAAAACCAAGGGGUCUGCAUAUCUCUUGCAUGUGCUGCUCCAUCAAGUGAUGUAAUUGUGGCUACCUUCCGUCCGAAAGUUGAGUUGUCAGUUGAUGGCACCUCAUCCCAAGUGGCUAUAUCACAAUCACCGACGCUCUCCAGUUCUGGAAAGCUGGGGUGUCAUGCCCUCAUGAGGAGGGCAAGCGGCACAUCCUUCGUGAAAGAACAGACCUGCAAUGGCAAUGUAAGUGAGCUGCGGAUGUCCAAAUCUGCAAUCAUACCCAGCAUCAGAAACAACCAGCACCUGUUUGCCUAUGGUGAUGAGUCGCUGAGCGGAAUCCGGACGUGGCAGCUGCCUUCGUUUCAGGCGUUCAGUGAUCUCAAGCCGCACCGCAGACCGAUCCUUGACCUGAGGUUCGCACAGAGCUCUACCGGGGAAAAGUACCUUGGCUGCUUGAGCGAGGAGAAGCUGCAGGUUUUCAGAGUUUCAGCUUUCCAGCUAGCAAUCGACACAGACUACAUGGUGCUGUCGGAUUGCUACAGAACACAUCGAAGCAUUUCGUCGAGCACAUCGCGGUCAGCCGCGCGGGUACAGCGUCCUGAGGGCGUCCACGACCGGGCGGAACCCGUCGCGGAGCGGGGCGACGGAGACGACGCGGAGGUGCUCGGCGCCGUCCCUCGCGGGCUCGCGCAGCGCCAGGCGGCACAUCUCCCCCUGCAGGGCGUCCGCCGCGGCGCGCGCGGCGCCCCGGUGCGCCGCGAAGAGGCGCGCGAGUUCGUCGGCGGGGCAGCCGAGCAGCGUGCGCGCGGCGCGGUCGAAGAGGACGACGGGGAAGACGCGGUCGUGCGUGGCGACGGAGAGGAGCAGGCGGUAGACGAGCUCCGGGGCGGGGCCGCCACAGGCGGCGCAGGAGACGCCCUCGGGGUGACCAGGGUGCGCGCGGCGGCAGCAAGCCGGGCAGGCCAGGAGCAUAUGGGAUGUGGGGAAUUGUCGUCGAAGCGCCUGUAUGCUGAUGAUCUGUGCUGGAUUGUUCUUAGGACUCUUGUAGAGAUGAUGGUUGUUGGCCUCAUGGAGUUGGAUUUCGGGUUGACGAUGAGCAGCCGAAGCCCACCGCGGAGGGACCGAAGGAUGCGUACUGAACGCACCUCAUACCGUGACGCACCGUACCGGAGAGACAGGGACAGCCGCCGUGGUCCAAGCAGGUCUGCUAGUGAUUUGUGCAACAACUGUAAGCGUCCAGGGCAUUUUGCUAGGGAUUGUACAAAUGUGGCCGUCUGCCAUACCUGUGGGCUUCCUGGGCAUAUUGCAGCCGAGUGUUCCUCCAAAGAUCUCUGCUGGAACUGCAAAGAGCCUGGGCACAUGGCUAACAGCUGCACAAAUGAAGGGAUAUGCCGCAACUGCGGCAAAUCAGGCCACAUUGCAAAAGACUGCACUUCUCCACCAAUGCUGCCUGGAGAAGUGAAGCUCUGCAACAACUGCUACAAACCAGGGCACAUUGCAGUGGAGUGCACCAACGAGAAGGCCUGCAACAACUGUAGGAAGAGCGGCCAUCUUGCCCGUAACUGCACCAAUGAGCCUGUUUGCAACCUGUGUCAUGUUGCAGGGCAUUUGGCCCGUGAGUGCCCCAAAUCUGAUGAGAUCAUUGAGAGGGGUGGGCCUCCUUCCUUCCGUGGUGGCGAUGGUAUGUUUCGUGGUGGCGAUGCUCCCUUCCGUGCUGCUGGUGCUCCCUUCCGUGGCGGCUACAGUGAUGUGGUUUGCCGGGCCUGCAACCAGGUUGGCCAUAUGAGCCGUGACUGCAUGGGUGGUGCCUUCAUGAUCUGCCACAACUGUGGUGGCCGUGGCCACAUGGCUUACGAGUGCCCAUCUGAGAGGCUCCUGGACCGAUUCCCCAUGCGCCGUUACUGAAGGGCUGUUUCAGAUGACUAUUACUCGCCUGUGUGUUAUGCUUCAUCAUUUUUCGUGUGCUUCAUGUUUCUCAGUGCCAACGAAUUUUUAAGUAUUCCAGUUUCUGUACCUUGUUAGUUUCAUCGUUAACAAAUGACUUCCAGGUUCUCUUUCAGAUAAAAGUGUACAUUGGGAUCUCUCUGCCAUAUGAAUAAUUAUUUUCUGGGUUAGUGGAUACCGAGUGUUAAGCUGUAAUAGUGAUUCCAGCUAUUCAACUGUUCUAUUAUGUUGGGAAAUAAAUCAGACAAGUGUUCAAAUUAUGUAUUUUUAGCGCUAACAGUUUAUGUUCUUACUGUUGUGAGUUAUCAAAUGUUAUUUCACAUUUUAUGGC